UUCAAUUGAAAAUAGUCCACAGUAAUGACUGCACACAUAGACCAUAUGACAUUCUAAGGACUAUAUCUUUUUUGUUUGUUAUUAUUAUACAAGUAUUAUUUUGUAUGUAUAUACAAAAAGUAUAUUGACAUUGUUUCCAUUUGGCUAUAAGAUAGUGAUGGGAAAAAGUCAGUUGAAUCAAAGUCAAUCUGAGACAAAGGAAUCGUCAUUAUUAAACAAAUCAUCAGAUGCUAGUAGAAUGUUAGAAGCUGCUUUAAUCCAAAUGGAUGGUAUUAUCUCUGGAACUUGUGCCGAAAAUAGUGAAGCGAAUAAUGAAUGGAAAGAUACGGUAGUGGAUGGUGCCAAAAAUUUAGUAGCUGCUAUUACAGAAGCUCAAUGUCCUCUUCCAUCACUAGACAAGAAAGUAGUUGAAGUUUUAUUAAAUUGGCUUCAACCUGAAUAUUUAAAAAAAUUGGAGAAUGAACGAAGUGUUCUAUGUAUGGAAAUAUCUGUUCUUUCAGAGCAAGUUGAUGCCCAAUCAAACAAAAUCCAUGAACUCGAACAUGUUUUACAUGAAAAUAUAUCAUCAUUCAAACAAAUGGAAGAAGCUUUACAAAAAGAAGUAUUAGCUCGAAGUAAUUUAGAAACACAGAAAUUGGAACUUUUAACUUCUUUAUCUGAGAUGAAACUUAAAGUGGCUACUUUAGAACAUGAAAAUAUUGCACUGCGCACAACUAGUCCAUUUUCGAAUGGAGAACAAUUUAAUAGGUUUACUGGCCAAUAUAACAGUCUACCGCGAUCGUCAACAUCUUCAAAAGGAGUUAUGUUUGCCUUAGAGCAGACUCAAAUAAAUAAAAAAGAAGCUAACGAAGAAACAAAAUUAUCCAAAACAUUUGCAUCAUUUUCUUCAGAAGAUAUUGGAAAGUGGUUAAUAAAAUUGGGACUUGAAUGUUAUACUGAUGAAUUAAGAAAAUGGAAAGCAACUGGUCAGAAAUUGUUAACAUCAACGCAACAUCAAAUUGAAAGAGAAUUGGACAUUAAAAAUCCUUUACAUUGUAAAAAACUUUUGUUUGCUAUUGAAUUCGAAAGAUGUCACGGAGAAGGCUUUCAUGGUUCUGAAAAGAUGGAUAAUGCAGCAGUUUUACGAUGGCUUGAUGACAUUGGCUUACCUCAACAUAAAGAAGCUUUUCACAUUGGAAAAGUAGACGGAAGAGUUUUACAUAGAUUGGUAACAGAAGAUUUACUGAAUCUUGGUGUCAUAUCACAAUUACAUGCAUCCAGUUUACGUCGUGGUAUUCAGGUGUUGCGCGAUUUGGAUUUUCAAUUUGAUAAUUUGGAACGUCGAUCGCCAAAUGGUAAUUUUGUUGAUGGAACAAAUGUUGCACUUUGGACAAAUCAUCGAGUUAUGGAAUGGCUUCGCGUUGUUGAUCUAGCCGAAUAUGCGCCUAAUUUAAGAGGAUCUGGCGUUCAUGGCAGCCUUAUGGUUUAUGAGGGGAGAUUUACUGCAGAAUUAUUAGCCACCCUUUUAAGUAUUUCGCCUGCAAAAUCAUUACUACGUCGACAUUUAGUUACUCAUUUUAAUGAACUUCUUGGCAAAGAUAUUGUACAACACAAAAGAGAAAUUGAAAAUUCGCCUGGAUUUAUACCACUUACUCUUACAGCUAGAUUAAAGGUGCCAAAAAAAUCUCAAUUUACAUUAAAACGUAAGAAAAGUAAAAAUGAAAUUGACUUUACAAAUUUAGUUUGUCCUUUAGAAUCUUCACAAUCAAGUUCGUCAACAACGCCAAGUAGUUCUAAUCUUCAUUCAGUUACAUUGUAAACAAACUUUUUAAACUCAUGUAAAUUGUAUAUUCUAAAAAUUUUUAAAUAACUUUUCUAAAAUUUUAAAACAUAUUAUUAUGCAUAAGGAUGAUUUUUUAUAUUACGCAAGCAAGUUUUGUGCAAACAUUUUGUUGAAUAAUAAAAAUAAAUAUAAUUUUAAUUUCAUUAUAUAUAUAUAUUAUAA